UACCGCAAGCCCGCCGAGCCGACGGGCGAGGAGGACAACGAGUGCUGCAUCUGCCUCGACGAGUUCGAGGACGAGGAGCGCAUCAAGAAACUCCGGUGCGGCCACCUCUUCCACUUGAACUGCAUCAAGAAGUGGCUCCUCGCGGACAUGCGCUGCCCGACGUGCCGCCAGCCCGUCGCCGACGCGGCGCCGGGGUAG